ACCUGGCAACUCGGUUCUCGCGCUCGUGGCUCGGACUCGCGCAGAAACGGCGCGUGGGCGCGCGUGGUGGGCGCGAACAAUGUGGCUGCCAGAAAAGGCACCGAAUGUGGCUGUAAAGGAAAGGUGAUUCCACGCGACAGGCUGCGGAGAGGUGGGCAGACGAUGGUGAGCAGCCAGCCCAAGUACGAGCUGCUCCAGGAGGUGGGGCGGGGCACGUACGGGGUGGUGUACGAGGCGUGGCGCGGAGCAGGGGGGCGCGCGAAGAGGAUCCGGUGCCAGGCGCCCGAAAACGUGGAGCUGGCGCUGCGGGAGUUCUGGGCCCUCAGCAGCAUCCAGAGCCAGCACCCCAACAUCAUCCACCUGGAGGAGUGCGUCCUGCAGCGGGACGUCCUGGCACAGAGCCUCAGCCAUGGCUGCAGCUCCCCCCUCUACCUGGAGCUGGUGGAGACGUCGCUGAAGGGUGAGAUAACCUUUGACCCCCGCUGUGCGUACUACCUGUGGUUCGUCAUGGACUUCUGCGACGGGGGGGACAUGAACGCGUACCUGUUGUCACGGAAACCCAGCCGCCGCACCAACACCAGCUUCAUGCUGCAGCUGGGCAGCGCGCUGGCCUUCCUGCACAAGAACCAGAUCAUCCACCGCGACCUCAAGCCCGACAACAUCCUGAUCUGCCAGGACCGCACCCCCGCCGGCGGCCCCGACCCCACCCUCAAGGUGGCCGACUUCGGCCUCAGCAAGGUCUGCUCCACGUCGGGCCUGAACCCGGAAGAGCCCGCCAGCGUCAACAAGUGCUUCCUGUCGACGGCGUGCGGGACGGACUUCUACAUGGCGCCCGAGGUGUGGGAGGGGCAGUACACGGCCAAGGCGGACAUCUUCGCGCUGGGCGUGAUCAUCUGGGCCAUGGUGGAGCGCAUCACCUUCGUGGACGCGGAGACGCAGAAGGAGCUGCUGGGGGGGUACGUGCAGCAGGGCUCGGACAUCGUGCCCCUGGGGGAGGCGCUGCUGGGGAACCCCAAACUGGAGCUGCUCAUCCCGGCCCGCAAGAAGAGCAUGAGCGCCGCCAUGAGGCAGCUGAUCCGGGACAUGCUCUCGGCCAAUCCGCAGGAGCGCCCCGACGCCGCCGCGCUGGAGCUGCGCCUGGUGCAGAUCGCCUGCCGAGAGUGGGACUGGGACACGUGAUGGGGCUGCGCGCACACGCGUGUGCAGGAACAUGCAUACACACACACGCGUGUGCAGGAACAUGCAUACACACACACGCGUGUGCAGGGACAUGCAUACACACACACGCGUGUGCAGGGACAUACAUACACACACGCGUGUGCAGAAACAUGCAUACACACACGCGUGUGCAGAAACAUGCUCACAUACGCGUGUGCAGGCACAUACAUACACACACACGUGUGUAGAAACAUGCAUACACACACGCGUAUGCAGGGACAUACAUACACACACACACGCGUGUGCAGAAACAUGCAUACACACACGCAUGUGCAGGGACAUACAUACACACACGCGUGUGCAGAAACAUGCAUACACACACGCGUGUGCAGGAACA